UCGGGCCCAGGUGGUCAUGUUGCCCAGGCCGGACAAGCGUCCCGAAAGCCCGGGGAGGGACUAAGAGACAAUCCUCCCACGCGCUUUCUCCCACCCUCGGGCCACUGAGACGGAGGGACAGAGGGCCACCCCCGCGCGGCCGAGGCCCCGCCUCCCGCUCGCCCGCCCGCGCCUCCAGCGGAAGCCGGAAGCAAAAGCGGGUCCUGCUAGCCCCGCAGCUCCGAACUCGGUGGUCCUGGAAGCUCCGCUGGAUGGGGGAGAAGAUGGCGGAAGAGGAGAGGUUCCCCAAUACAACUCAUGAGGGUUUCAAUGUCACCCUCCACGCCACCCUGGUUGUCACGACGAAACUGGUGCUCCCGACUCCUGGCAAGCCCAUCCUCCCCGUGCAGACAGGGGAGCAGGCCCAGCAAGAGGAGCAGUCCAGCGGCAUGACCAUUUUCUUCAGCCUCCUUGUCCUAGCUAUCUGCAUCAUAUUGGUGCAUUUACUGAUCCGAUACAGAUUACAUUUCUUGCCAGAGAGUGUUGCUGUUGUUUCUUUAGGUAUUCUCAUGGGAGCAGUUAUAAAAAUUAUAGAGUUUAAAAAACUGGCGAAUUGGAAGGAAGAAGAAAUGUUUCGUCCAAACAUGUUUUUCCUCCUCCUGCUUCCCCCUAUUAUCUUUGAGUCUGGAUAUUCAUUACACAAGGGUAACUUCUUUCAAAAUAUUGGUUCCAUCACCCUGUUUGCUGUUUUUGGGACGGCAAUAUCUGCUUUUGUAGUAGGUGGAGGAAUUUAUUUUCUGGGUCAGGGAUUUUUUUGUGUCUGUGUGUUUGUGUGUUUUAUUUUACAGGCUGAUGUAAUCUCUAAACUCAACAUGACAGACAGUUUUGCGUUUGGCUCCCUAAUAUCUGCUGUUGAUCCAGUGGCCACUAUUGCUAUUUUCAAUGCACUUCAUGUGGACCCCGUGCUCAACAUGCUGGUCUUUGGAGAAAGUAUUCUCAACGAUGCAGUCUCCAUUGUUCUGACCAACACAGCUGAAGGUUUAACAAGAAAAAAUAUGUCAGAUGUCAGUGGGUGGCAAACAUUUUUACAAGCCCUUGACUACUUCCUCAAAAUGUUCUUUGGCUCUGCAGCGCUCGGCACUCUCACUGGCUUAAUUUCUGCAUUAGUGCUGAAGCAUAUUGACUUGAGGAAAACACCUUCCUUGGAGUUUGGCAUGAUGAUCAUUUUUGCUUAUCUGCCUUAUGGGCUUGCAGAAGGAAUCUCACUCUCAGGCAUCAUGGCCAUCCUGUUCUCAGGCAUCGUGAUGUCCCACUACACGCACCAUAACCUCUCCCCAGUCACCCAGAUCCUCAUGCAGCAGACCCUCCGCACCGUGGCCUUCUUGUGUGAAACAUGUGUGUUUGCAUUUCUUGGCCUGUCCAUUUUUAGUUUUCCUCACAAGUUUGAAAUUUCCUUUGUCAUCUGGUGCAUAGUGCUUGUACUAUUUGGCAGAGCAGUAAACAUUUUCCCUCUUUCCUACCUCCUGAAUUUCUUCCGGGAUCAUAAAAUCACACCGAAGAUGAUGUUCAUCAUGUGGUUUAGUGGCUUGCGGGGGGCCAUCCCCUACGCCCUGAGCCUGCACCUGGACCUGGAGCCCAUGGAGAAGCGGCAGCUCAUCGGCACCACCACCAUCGUCAUUGUGCUCUUCACCAUCCUGCUGCUGGGCGGCAGCACCAUGCCCCUUAUUCGCCUCAUGGACAUCGAGGAUGCCAAGGCACGCCGCAGGAACAAGAAGGACGUCAACCUCAGCAAGACGGAGAAGAUGGGCAACACUGUGGAGUCGGAGCACCUGUCGGAGCUCACGGAGGAGGAGUACGAGGCCCACUACAUCAGGCGGCAGGACCUCAAAGGCUUCAUGUGGCUGGACGCCAAGUACCUGAACCCCUUCUUCACUCGGAGGCUGACGCAGGAGGACCUGCACCACGGGCGCAUCCAGAUGAAAACUCUCACCAACAAGUGGUACGAGGAGGUACGCCAGGGCCCCUCCGGCUCCGAGGACGACGAGCAGGAGCUGCUGUGACGCCAGGUGCCAAGGCUUCAGGCAGGCAGGCCCAGGAUGGGCGUUUGCUGCCCACACACACUCAGCGGGGGCCUCGAAGAGGUGCGUGCAUCCAGCAGCCCCUUCAGGACUCCGGACACAGAGGGCGGGGUGAGGUACUGGCUGCAGAGUCACCUUAGACCAGAACUUGCCAGGCCUCUGGAGCCAGGUGACUUGUUGGGAAACUGUCAUCUCCCCACUCCUCCCUGACCCAGCCUCUGCUCAGUGUGGCUCGUCGGCCCACAGAGGGGAGGAGCACGGGACCAGGUGCCAGUCGUCUGUGAAGCUGGGGCACCUACCCCGCCAUCUGGAGGACCCCUGUGGCCCCCUGCCUAGAGCACCAUCUACAGCGGUGCCAUUCCCCAGCCACUGCCUUUAUCCUGCCCCCACCGGACUGGCAGAGCCGGGGUCAGCCACCUGCCUUUGAGUCAUCCAGAUGCCUCCGCAGCCACAAUUCUGACCUAAGUGGCAGAGCCUAGAAAUCUUGAAAACCUCCCGCUGCCCUUUGUGAUACUUCUUGUGCUCCCUCAGACAGAGGGAGAGAAACGGAAUGUCCUUUUCCCUUUACCUGAUUGGCACUUCACAGCCUGUCUCCCUGGACAGCAGGCAGCGGCUGCCCUUCUCUGGGCAUCUUCUGAAUGUUUACACUGGUACCUUCUGGUAUCUUCUUUAGAGCCCCCUGCAAGCUGCAACCCAAGGCUUUUAUCUUGCAGGGUCAGAGCGCCCUCUAGAGGGAAAAGCUAGAGGCACAGGGUUUCUGCCGGCCCACAACUGCUGUCUUAAUUAGGUUUAAAUUCAUGCAUUUUACAGCAAAGUGCUGAGAGCCUCAUAGUCACCUCCUGCCAUCUGAUCUCCCUCCCCACCAUUCCCAUACUCAGUUGUUCUUUUGUCUAACCGGAGGCCACUGUGCCAAGGCCCUGCGGUGUCUGCUCACUGCUGCCAUCUUCGCUGCUAAUCAGGGUUCCAUCCUCUUUCCCCUCUCCCAGUUCCCUACCACAUUGGAUCCCAUUUGUCACCCAUGCUAGGGUCCCCAAAGCACUGGGGCAGGGGCCAGAGCAGCAGCACCCAGUGCUCCCCCUUCCCACCCCGACGUGGAGUCAGAAGCAGAUGCUCCACGCACACACACCCCAGCCCUGUCCCAGGGGCCCGGCCCCCUCAGCCAUCUCAGGGUGAGGAGCUGUCAGUCAUGUCCAGAUGGAAUGGAGUCACUGACUCGCAUCCUCUCCUCACCUCCCCUUUGACAAGCCUCAAACUGCUCAGCUCAUCGAAGGGCCAUUGCCAACUUCCGUAUGUGGUUCUGGGUCCCAGGGAGCCUUGGAACCUGGCUCCCUGGGGUGGUUUAAUUCACCAUGUGUAUUCCUGCUUCUCUGGGGACACAGUGGGCCAGCAUGAGCCCUGGGCUGGAGCAAACGCAUCUCUAUCUCUUCCACCUCAGACGGUGUGGCUCCGGAGGGACUGACCUCAGGACCCGUGCCAGGAACAAGAGGCCAGGCCCAAUCCUGCCACCUCGCCUUUCCCCUGAAGUGAGAGCAGGCCAGCCGGGCAGGAAGCACGCUGUUUACUUUUUGCAUGAAAAGUAAAGUUGUACUUGAUAGAGCUAAAAUGUGAUCUUUUUAAAUCUCUCAACCCCAUAAUUUGAGCCAUUGCCUUGCUUAAUUUUGGUCUCCACCAUUUCCUUUUAGUGGAGAAGAGAGGAAGUCAGAGGGUGGGGACCUGUGCCUGCCCCCGGGCGAGUGGGGGCACUGAGACCAGAUUGUUCUUGCGCCCCUGCCAGAACUCACUCUCCCCUGAAGUUUAGGGUCCCAUCUCCCAGAUGUAAGUUGGUUUGCAAACUCAGUUGUUUGCCAGGAUUUCUUUCUUUCCUAGUCUUAAAUUCACAGAUAAAGCAAUGAAAAGAGUCAGAUCCCAUUUCCGUCUGCCCCCUCACCGCCAGGUCUGAUAGCCCCAGCCACGCCACACCUGGCCUCACGCUUUCAGCUGAGACCUGAAAAGGAUGCUGUGGCGGAAGAGCAUGUGGGGCUUGGUGGGGGGCCCUAGCAUUUGUGGGGGGCAGAGGGGGUGGCGGGACCUUUCCCAGGAGGUACCAGCACCUGCCUUGAUCUCCUGUGAGCCUCCUCUGCCCCUGGGUGGCCAGGUGAGGUCAGCAGCCCGGGAGAGUGCCCCCAAGAGAUGAGGGCAGCCUGUGUUCCUCGGCAGUCUUGACUCGCCUUGGUAACAAAAGGCCAUAGAAGUCUGUUUUUCUGGGUCAGUUUUUUUCAAAUGUCUUUGCCUGAGAAUAACAAAUUGCUGCUGUCUACCUUUAGCACACCCGAUAAUUCUAUUUGGGGCAGUGAAUGCACAGAAGAUAUAAAAAUAUGCAGCUUAACUAUAUCUUCUUGCGUGCGUAUUUAUUUUCUUCUGGGUCUAGGCCAUGGGACAGGAGAACUGUGGUGUGUAGGAGGAAUACUUCAGGGUGAGUGAAGGCUGGAGCCAGGGAGCGCUGGGGGAAACCAGCCUUUAGCCAGCAGUCCCUCCACCACAGGCGCUGCCGUGUGGAAACAGUUCUUGGAAUAAAUCCCAUGCUUUCUGCAGCCUGUAGUUGUUAUGACCCCUCGGAACAACCACCCCGUGACUUGUGCAAGGUCUCGCAGGGAAAGGGGCUGGCUUCUAGGUUCCUGAGAUAAGUUUGCUGGGGGCUGGGCCAGGGCCAGGCUAAGUGUGGCUCAGUUCCAUCAUCUAGAGCUCAGACACUCUGCCCAGAGGCAGAGCUGAAGCCCUGUCGGCCCCUACCCUAAGCCAGCCACCCCUCUUCACAGUGGGUGGACUGGGCUGGGCCAGCCGGGCUGGCUGGCUGGCAUGAGGCCAAAGGGCAGGCCUGAGUGCCAGAGUCACCCAGAUUAGCCCACAGGAUUCCUUUGUGUGCCAUGGAAUGCCAAAAGAUGGGUGACUGGGGACCCUUCUUAAAACCCUUGGCAAGGGUGCCAUCGGCACUGCUUGGCCUCAUGAAGUCUCGGGUCUGUGUUCCCACGGGGCACACAUGCUUACAGAGUCCUCAGCAGGUGGCCGAGGCCAGGCCUCUUCUGCUGAGGAGGGUGCAGGCUGGGGUGUGGGUGUGGCCUGGGGUGGCUCAGGGCUGGAACUGCUGCCUGAUUCCUGUGUGGGGAGAAGCUCAGUGGCCCUUGGCUGCCACUGACAAGGAUUUCACAUGCAGAAGAGAAAGGUCCCCUCUGCCCCCCCCCGAUUCCCUGCCGAGUGAGUGCCAGUGUGUGCUGCCCUUGCUGGGGGCAGGUAGGAAACCCUGAGCUUCCUGAUGCAGAGUCAUGAAGCAGUGUCCUUGGGAAGGCAUCUUCAGAGCUCCGGGCCCUCCGCCUAACGCCCUCCGUCUCAGUCAGAUAAAGGCUUCAAGAGAAUGAAGAGCCAGCCCCUUUCCAUUUAGGCUCCUGCCAUUUCCCAGACAGUUCUCCAACAGUUAGACAUCGAGGGGCUUCACUCUUAGCAGGCAUGUAACAGAAGGAGGAAGACUAAUACACACCCCUGCCCCGUCCCAUCCCCCUCCCCCGAGCCAUUUUCUUGCUGUGCUCUCUGGUGCCCUUGAGUUGGUCUCCCUGGCUGCUCUGCGGGGGCUUCACUGGCUUUGGGGUGAAUGCGAAGUGCUGGUGAGCAGUGGGCCUGUGACUGGAUAGGAAGAUGUGCAUCCGUGGUCAGAAGUCACCUGCCAGCCCUGCGGGGUCAGAGCCUCAGGCCGGGAUGGGGAGGCCCCCUACUCCCAUCUGGAUGGUGGGCACGGCCUGGCUUACACCAAAGGCAUUGACGGUUUCUCCAAGUAGGGAUCUGCAAAGCUUGAAUUGUCCUCAAGAUGGCAAAGCUUGAAUUGUCAAGAUGGAUGUGAAUCUUACAUUCGUUUUCAUCAUUUCCUAUGUAAAAAUGAAGAGUGCUGGGUUUUUGUUUUAAGAAGCAUUAUGAAGGCCAGACGUAUUCAUUUUUCUCCCGCAAGUGAGCGGUGAGAGGCCCCGUUAGGCCCGUUUCCUGAGCAGUGCUGUGCUGCUCUUCUUGAUGGGGCUUCGGGCUGGGGGGGGAAAGCGGGUCAGAGGUGGGGGGCCUGUGGCUGCCAUGCGGGGAGCCCCUGCACCAUCUCGGACUCUUUAAGGGAGUCAGGAAUAGAUGUGUGAAGAGUCGUGUCACUGGAUGCCUAUUUAGAAAUAAAGUGUAUGCUGCUGAAU